AUGGGGCCAAUGAUGAUCGAGCAAGAGGGCCACCGUCAAAGUGUUAGCCUGUCGAGAAUUGCAGUUUCGGACACUCACGGUGAGGAUUCACCGUAUUUUGCUGGGUGGAAAGCGUACGAUGAAGACCCUUAUGACGAGUCACUCAAUCCCUCGGGUGUCAUACAAAUGGGACUUGCCGAAAAUCAAGUUUCGUUCGAUUUGGUAGAGCAAUACCUUGAAAAACACUCAGAUGCUACCAACAUUGGUACAAGUUCUGGAUUCAGAGAGAACGCCUUGUUUCAAGACUAUCACGGCCUUCUGUCUUUCAGACAGGCAAUGGCAAGCUUUAUGGAGCAAAUAAGAGGCGGCCGCGCAAAAUUCGACCCCGAAAGAAUCGUAAUUACAGCUGGCGCCACCGCCGCCAACGAGCUCCUCACCUUCAUCCUCGCCGACCCUGGCGACGCCGUCCUCGUCCCCACCCCUUACUAUCCAGGGUUUGACCGGGACCUCCGGUGGAGAACCGGCGUGAACAUCAUCCCCGUCCACUGCCACAGCUCCAACAACUUCGCCAUCACACCCGAAGCCCUCGACUCUGCCCUCGAUCACGCCAGAGCCGCCAACACAAAAGUCCGAGCCCUCCUCAUCACAAACCCCUCAAACCCUCUCGGUGCCACCCUCUCGCGCGCCACCCUCGACCUCACGCUCGACUUCGUGUCCCGUCACGACCUUCACCUCGUCUCGGACGAGAUCUACUCUGGCUCCGCCUUCUCCCCCGACGAGUUUGUCAGCGUAUCUGAAGUCCUCAAGUCACGAGGUUAUAGAGAUUCCGAGCGCGUCCACGUCGUGUACAGUCUGUCGAAAGACCUUGGCCUCCCGGGAUUCCGCGUGGGCACGAUUUACUCGUACAACGAUCGAGUUGUCCAGACAGCUCGGAGGAUGUCGAGCUUCACGCUCAUCUCGUCACAGACACAGAAGCUACUGGCGUCGAUGCUUUCGGAUAAAGAGUUUACGGAGAAGUAUGUAAGGGUUAAUCGGGAGAGGUUGAGGGGGAGGUAUGAGGCGAUUGUGGAGGGUUUGAAGAGAGCCGGGAUAAGGUGUUUGGGAGGGAAUGCGGGAUUGUUUUGUUGGAUGGAUUUGAGUGUGGAGUUGAGGGAAGGGAGUAGGGAAGAUGAGUUGGAGCUUUGGGUGAAGCUUUUGAGGGAGGUUAAGGUGAAUGUGUCGCCGGGGACGUCGUGCCAUUGCUCGGAGGCUGGGUGGUUUAGGGUUUGUUUUGCGAAUAUGAGUGAGAGGACGCUGGAGGUGGCAUUAGGGAGGAUACAUGACUUCAUGGAGAGGAGGAGGAGGAGGAAUUAA